AUGAAAAUCAAAUUCAGCUAAUCUAUAAUUGUUAAGAAUACUUAUAUUCUAACUAAUAACAUAAAAACAAAUAAUUGCAGGAUCCAUCUUAAGAACUCAACACAAAUUUUAUCAAAAUUUAGUGGGAUUGGUACCUUUAACAUAUUUUAAAUUGAAUAUAAAUAUUCUCAACUAAAAAUAAAUGUAAGUUUAAAUAUCACUCUAUCUAAGAAAUUGAAAAUCAUACAAAAGUAAAAAUAAACAGUCUAAAGACUAAAAAAUGAAUGCCUAUUAUACCAAGGAAUAAAGUAUAAAUAAUGA